AUGAAGCCUCAAACGGUCCUGGGCUCUCUGGCGUUGGCAAGAGCGGCGUCAGCGCUGAACUGCAGCGUUGAUGCGUUCCAGUCUUUCUUGAACUCGAAUGGCACCACUGCCAACGUCACGUUCGCCGCUGCGCACACGGUGAACAGCACGAUGGUCCUUCCGGCUGACGCUGAUGCCGCUCUUUCCAGCGACCUCCCCAAUCUCUGCGCGGUGGAGGUCAACGUCACUGGUCCAGUGGCAGGUUCUCACUACAGCUUUGGCCUUUUCCUACCCGAGGACUGGAACGGACGUCUCAUCGCUGCCGCACCCGGAGGAGGCAUCAACUGGCGUGAUAUUGGUGCGUCUGUGAGAUAUGGCUUUGCUGCUGUGUCCUCCGACAGCGGUCACUCGGGUAUGGACGGAGUGCCAGGCUGGCAGACUCCUGAGUCCUUGAUCGAUUGGGGAUACCGCGGCGUGCACGGUUGCACUGUGGUGGCCAAGAACAUCAUCGAGGCUUGGUACGGCAAGGCCUCCAGCUACAACUACUUCACUGGCUGUUCCGUCGGUGGAAGGCAUGCCUUGAAGCAACUACAAACUUACCCCGAGGACUAUGACGGUGUCCUCGCUGGAGCCCCAGCAUGGUGGACCACCCACCAGCAGCUCUGGAACUUGAAGCAAACCACAUACAAUGCCCCGGCAAACUCCUCGCACACCAUCCCGACGGCCAUGUACGACGUCAUCGGCGCCGAAGUCCUCCGCCAAUGCGACCCCCAGGACGGCCUGACCGACCAAGUCAUCUCCGACCCCCUCGGCUGCAACUUCAACCCGACCACGCUCCUCUGCGGCGCCGCCAACAGCACAACCGACUGCCUCUCCAGCGCGCAACUCGACACGCUCUACAAAAUCUACAACAACUGGGUCGACGUCAACCAAACCUUCGUCUACCCGCACGUCGCGCUGGGCAGCGAAGCCAUGUUCGCGAGCCAACUCGGCGACGGCAGCGAGAGCAGCAUCUCGGGCCAGCUGUGGUACAUGCAGAACGUCAUGGGGCUGACCAACUUCACCUGGACGGACCUCGACUACGCCUUCCUGCAGUACGCGGAGCAAGCCAACCCGGGCAACGCCACCGCGGAUGACUUCGACCUCGCGCCGUUCUACGCCCGCGGCGGCAAGCUCAUCCACUGGCACGGCUUCUCCGACGCCACCGUCGCGCCUGGCGCGAGCGUUUACUAUCACGACCAUGUGGAACGCGCGCUCGCGCCGCAGGGCAUCGACGUCGAUGAGUUCUACAAGCUCUUCUUGGUCCCCGGCCUCGAACACUGCACCGGCACCCCCGCCUCCAUGAACGCCGCCUGGUACAUCGGCGGGCCCACGCAAGCCGGCGAGUUCGACGUCCCCCCUUCGGGCAUCGCCGCCGACGCGCAGCACGAUCCGCUGCUGGCCAUCAUGGCGUGGGUGGAGAACGGCACCGCGCCGGCCAGCCUCGUCGCGUCGAAGUUCAGCAACGACUCGGACCCCGUCAGUGGCGUCGCGCUGCAGCGGCCGAUCUGUCCGUAUCCGCAGCAGGCGAGGUACAAAGGAACGGGCGAGGUGGCGGAGGCGGGGAGUUGGGAGUGUGCGGGGUUGUAUUGA